AUGAAGAAUAAACGAGCGGCCAGUAAUUUAAAGUUCUCUUCCAAUCUUUGUGAACAGACUGUGCACCUCAUAGAGUUUCUGAAAGGUGUUUAUGGCAAUCCUGAACUACAGCGACCGUCGGUUUUGAAACGAGCUAUAUAUAGGUAUGAGAAAUACUGGCUUCCAUUGGCUGCUGAGCAUCCAAACAAAUGUCUGGCCCCGCCUCUUGAUAUUGAAUGGGCUUGGCAUUGCCAUAUGCUAUGUCCAAACACCUACGAGAAAGAUUGUAAUGCGAUUGUUGGUACCACUGUCAAUCAUACAAUGUCGGGAGCGACCAAAUUCUAUGAAAAACAGCCGCAGUCGCAAAAGUAUUGGUUGGCAAUGUUUGGAAACGAGCUGGAGCCUUUUACAGUAGACUACAAAGCUCCGUAUGACUUGGUAACUAUUGAAGCAUAUCAUUCUAAGAUAACGUAUGAUAUUUUAGCUGCCGCAAAAAGGCAAAUGGAUCUUUAUUACCACGUGUCUUUACCUCAUUAUCGAGACAGAAAAUAUCUACAGAAAUGCCUUUUCAGGUAUAAGCAAUUUCUGUACUUGAAGAAGAGACUGCCAAAUGAAUUUCUGGAACCAAGUUACGAUAUAGAUUUGAUAUGGCACUCACACCAGCUAAAUCCACGUUUAUACAAGGAAGAUAUUCUGAGAUUCGUAGGCUAUUUUUUGAAUCAUGGCUUAUCAGUCGAUCAUCGCACUGAAGAAGAUAAAUUGACCGCUGAUAAACUGUCACGUGAAACCUGGAAAUAUUUUUACAAUGAAACAAUGCCCAUAUUUGGGGCGAUGUAUCGUGUCAACCGACCUGCAAUAUUUCUCUAUAAAAUUAGUCCGCAGGAGGAAUACAGAUCCUGUACAAAGAGCAUCAAAAUGACGUUUGAAAAGAUAACACUCUCAGUUCCGCUAACUAACAAAAACAUUAUUCUAUCCGUAUCGAGUUCCGCAGAUGAGAGAACUUUUGGUAACUGGUUUUCUGUGAAAAGUCGUGGAGAACAACGCCUUAGUACUGAUACAGUUACUUGGACAAGUGUAAGUCAGCUUGAAAUGGACACUAAGAAUGCAAGAUGUCUAUAUACAGUGUUACAAGAGCAAGAUGGUUCUAAAACAAUCAUUGGCUCAAACAUUAUGAACAUCUUACCCCUGAUAGAGUAUACAGCAAAUACAGGAUCCGAGAGACGAGUCCGAGUCAAUAUUCCAAUAGGGACCGAUAUUCGUUUAGAUUUUUAUAUGCGUCUUGAAGCUCCAAUAGUCGGAAGAACAUUGCUGGCUCUUAAACAGGGUAACUAUGAAACAACAGUUACACCAACCAAUUUUCAACAAUUUUUUGGCUCAGCUGAGUUAAAAAGACUUUCUCAAGCCAUCGACAACCGUUGCGAUGUCGCCACACAUAGACUGAAGGACACCCUUGGGAAUGUAGACUUCAGUGUCAGAACUAUGCACUGUCAACUUUUGAUGAUGUCAGUAAUCCAAGUGUACUACCGUGACAAGAUGUCAGUCAUCGGACACCUGGUUUCCUCUGACCAUCUUCCACUUCCUACACAAGUACAUCAAGAUGAAAUCACACUGAAUCCAAUGCAAGGGGAGAGAGCAAUUAUUAUAAAGAACAAUGGCGGUGACUGGGGUAUUGUAACAGGCAGAUGGAAGGGGUUUAAACCAGAAAUAACAAGAGAUAUACAUGGAGCAAGUAAGGCUGGAAGUCCUGGGACAAUGUUUCUGAAGUUCUUCAAAUUUUCUACUGGCAAAACUUCUACGGUUGAGUUAGGCUACCACAGAAAAGACUAUGUAUGUAGUUUAGAAUCUGCUCAAAUUGAUUUGAUGAAGGGUGUGCUAAUAAUCGACUCUUCUGUUCACGAAGUUGCAGAAAACAUUGCUCUUGCCUUUUCUGUAUCUCUUCUACAUGUUCUGUGCGUUCCAAGACCAAAAGGAUCGAAGGAAGGUCAACAGGUGAAAUCGGCAGUAAAAGUGCCGAAAUCCAGACAAAUUACAUCUGUUCCAUCGACUGAUAUGAAAUUUAUCACAGCUGCAGGACUGUUCCAUAAAACGCCGUCAAACAACUAUAUGCAAGGCUAUAAACGAGGUCAUAUCUGUAGAAUGACUGCAGGGGGGUGCUUGAUGGAACUCGUAUGA